UCUUCUUUUGGAAAUUUUUGUGAAGCUUCUCUUGACAAAGCUUCUUCAACUAAUAUUUUUUUUAUGGCCAAAAAUUCUUUUGCUUUGACUGAAAAUAAUUGUGUUGACAAGGAAAGUCAUCAAAAUGGUGAAAAAUUGAAAAAGAGAACUCCAGUCUCAUUUAAAAAAUUCUGUGGACCUUCUCGUUCCUUGGUUCGUGCUACUUCAACUGAUGAUAUCUCUCACAUGACGAUAGUUGAUUUGUUUGGAAUUUUUAAGAACAAUGUCUCUUUACAACCACUUUUAGCUUAUUUCAAAAAUAUUUAUAAUAUUCAGUCAAACAACUUGAUGGCCAAGAGUUGUGCUCUUCAAAAAUACAAUCUACAACUUUUUGAUGGUUUUGGUGUAAUUCAGGAACUUCAAUUCUUUCUUUAUUUACUGGAUGUGCAUGAACAAAUAUAUUCUAAUGGAGGAAAUAAUAAGGAUUACAAAAAGUUUGUCGUUCUCGAUGUGAAAUCUUUUCAAAAUAUAGAGGCUUUGGCGAUUUAUUUAGACGAAGUUGACUGUAAUUUUGAGAUCAGAUACCCAAACAUUUUUGAAAUUGGAGGUGGUUAUGUUAGUGGCGUUGAAUUUAUUGCCAAACUUUCAAGUAUUCUCAGAAACGCCUACAAAAACCGACAAAAUAUUUCCACUUCUUUUGAUGUUUGGAUUUGUAAAUGCAUUCUCAAACUCAUUUUCUUGAUGCGUCUACGUGAUAUUGUUGUUGACCUGACAGAAACCGUCCGUAAUCAAUCGAGAGCUUUAGACCGACAAAGCGAAGCUUUAGACCGACAAAGCGAAGAAAUCCAGACUCUACGAACGGAGAAUGAGCGUAAGGACGUUGAGAUAGCUCGCCUUAGACAAUUGUUGCAAGCGAACAACCAGCCUCAACCGCCGCAACAACAGCUUCAAGUUAUUCCAGUUCGACUGCCCCUCGUCAAUCUUCCGCAACAGCAUCACGCCAAUGCGCCGCAACAACAGGCCAUUCACGGCAUUCCGCCGCAACAGCAGGCCGUUCACAACAUUCCGCCGCAACAACAGGCCAUUCAUUACCCUAAUCAAGCCGCUCCGGCCUUUGGACAGCAACAACAGAAUCAACAGAUUCUGCAACAACAACAAUUUCCGCCUUUGCAGGGAGCUGAUAACAUCAAUUUGGAUGAGUUAUUAAAUUUUGACAAUUUAGAGCGAUGA